GCCCACCGGGUGGCCUGGUGCCUCCCUGGCUCUUUCUGGAUGGAGGCGCUUCCGGAGGGAGCCAGCUGCAUGCUUUGGCCUUCACCUUGCAGCCUCUGCUGACCACACCUCCCCUAGCACAGAGGCUGCCCCAGGAGCAGGAAAUGCUGUACCAGCACAGCUGGCUCCCCGGGAUCCGGGUCUGACUGCUAGGAUGGAGGUGGAGCCGGCAGCCAAGACCUUCGUGCUGGAGCUGCGAUGUCUUGACGAUGGGGGUCCAGGGCCCAACACCCUCUCAGGUGGCAAUGCUGGCAGCAAGAGUCAGGAGGAGGAAGAGGCUCAGGAGGGAGGCAGCAGCUUACAAGAGCCAGCCAGCUCAAUCUCAGCCCCAGUAAAGGCCAGUGAAAUCACUGAGGAAGCCCAGACAGAACAACAGGGGUUACAGCAGUCAGAACAGCAGCCACAGCUGCAGCAACAGCCACAGCCUGAACAGUUACAACAGCAGCAACCACAAAACCAACUAUUAGGACAUCAGCCAGAAUUGCAACAGCAGCAGCUGCAAGAUGGACAACAGCAUCUGUCUCAAAUACAGCAAGAACUACAGGAAAAACACCAAUCCAUGCAGCAUCAGGAACUGAAAUCAGAACUGCAGCUAAUGCAACAGCAGCAACAGUUACAGCAGCAGCAAGUGCAAGAACAACAGCAGGAGCAGUUACAGCAGCAGCAAGUGCAAGAGCAACAGCUGUUACUACAGCAACAAGAACAGGUACAGCAGCAGCAAGUACAAGAACAACAGCUGUUACUGCAGCAGCAAGAACAACAGCAACAGUUGUUGCUGCAGCAGCAAGUGCAAGAGCAACAGUUGUUGCAGCAACAACAGGGACAGUUACAGCAACAGCAGAUGCAACCAUUGUUGCAGCAGCACCAGGAACAGUUGCAGCAGCAGCAGCUGCUACAACAGCAGAAACUGUUGCAACAGCAGGAACAAUUACAGCACCAACAGUUCCAACAGCAACAAGAACAGCUACAGCAGCAGCAGCUACUGUUGCUGCAGCAGCAGGAACAAUUACAGCAGCAGCUGUUGCAGCAGCAGCAGGUGCACUUACAGCAGCAGCUGUUGCUGCAGCAGCAGGAACAAUUACAGCAGCAGCUGUUGCUGCAGCAGCAGGAACAAUUACAGCACCAGCAACAGCAGCAGGAACAGUUUCAACAGCAGCAGCUGCAGCCAGAGGAGGAGGAAGAGGUGGAGCUGGAGCUCAUGCCGGUGGACCUGGAGUCGGAGCAGGAGCUGGAGCAGCAGCGGCGGGAGCUAGAGAGGCAGCAGGAGCUGGAGCGGCAGCAGGAGCAGAGGCAGCUGCAACUCAAACUGCAGGAGCAGCUGCAGCAGCUGGAGCAACAGUUGGAGCAGCAGCAGCGACUGGAGCAGCAACAGCUGGAGCAGCAGGAGGUGCAACUGGAGCUGACCCCCGUGGAGCUGGGAGCCCAGCAACCAGAGCUGCAGCUGGAAUUGGUACCCACCGCAGGGGGUGGUGGAGCGGCAGUGCCGGGGGCGCCGGCAGCGGUCGUGGUGGCCCCGCCUGGCUACGUGGUGCUGCAGGAGCUCAUGGUGCUGCCCACCGUGACCACACCGACCGUGGUGGCCAUCCCGGGCCCGGCAGGCAGCGCAGCGCUAACACCUGCGCGGCAGCGGCGGCGGCGGCGUGCCCGGGACCGGCCGACCAUCUGUGGAGAAUGCGGCAAGGGCUUCAGCCGGAGCACUGACCUGGUGCGGCACCAGGCCACGCACACUGGCGAGCGGCCGCACCGCUGCGGCGAGUGCGGCAAGGGCUUCUCGCAGCACUCAAACCUGGUGACACACCAGCGCAUCCACACGGGCGAGAAGCCCUACUCUUGCUCCUACUGCUCCAAGCGCUUCAGCGAGAGCUCGGCGCUCGUGCAGCACCAGCGCACGCACACAGGCGAGCGGCCCUACGCCUGUAGUGACUGUGGCAAGCGCUUCAGCGUCUCCUCCAACCUGCUCCGCCACCGGCGCACGCACUCGGGCGAGCGGCCCUACGUCUGCGAGGACUGCGGGGAGCGCUUUCGUCACAAAGUGCAGAUCCGCCGCCACGAACGCCAGCUGCACGGCGCUGGCCGCUCUCGGGGUCUUGGGUUGCUGCGCGGCCCCCGGCCCUCGGCCCCCGGCAGUACCUCGCGCGCCGAGCAGGCCGCAGCGGCCACCAAGGCGCCGUGAACCUGGGAGCAAGGGCACGCGGGCGGUGGGGGACACAGAGGGUGAUACCUUGACCCUGGCGGGGGCUCUUGGUCGCUCACUGGAGACAUUCUGGAAUGGCCUUGGAGAGACAGGCCUCCCUCGUCCCUUGGAGUCCCUGAAAGUAUCAUCCCCCCAAAACCAUUCGUAAGAGAAAAGCCAACCGAGGCAGAGACAGCACACGGGGCACUUUUGUUCCUCAGCAGUGGUGGCCCAGAGGGCUGUCUACUUAGAAAUGAGAGUCACAGAGGAAACUCGGCCACAAUUCGUUACUUUUGACGUGGACCGGACACUAACCCAGGGAAUCAAAUACUUAACGGCAAAACGCACACGGGAAAGAUUUGAUCCUGGUGAAAUUAUUUCAAGGAGAAAAACGGGCAUAAAAAGGAAACUUACCUGCACUAUGUAGAAAACUGAUGAAGGCAUUGAAUUGUCCUCAAGGGCAUUUGCCUUGAAAAUACUUUGUAGGAUGAAAGUUCAUCAGGGUGGAUGUAAUUCUGAUGAAAAUGCCUGUGUUUAUAAACACAGGAUCAGAGUGUUCACGGGGUCAAUGUGCAAAUAAAUGCUGGGCAGUCCUGCUCUGGGCCAAAGGUAAAACCUUCCCUCCAAGGGAACCCAGGGCUCUGGCAUUAUAAACAGGUUCUAGGUCUCUGCUGCCACGCUCCCAACCCCACUGCCUUCCCCUGAAGUCCCGGGAGUAAGAGCUAUGGCUGAAGCAGAGGAGUUCUGGGGGUGUUCAGUACAGAAGAAGGACCUAGAAGGAGUCCUGGGUAUCCCCUCUGUGGGCUCCCUGGGAUCCACUGACUAGCCUGGCACCUUGAAUCAGGCUAUGAUGGCAAUGGGGCUUAGGCUGCCAAGCAGACCCUCCCCCAUGCCUGGGGGCUAGGGGAAGAAUGUUGGGGAUAAGAUUGGAGGCAAUAGAAAUGCUUUUUAUCACGUUUACCAAAUCGUCUGGGGCUGGAGCAACAGCAAUUGCUGAUGCCUGUGGAAAAGUGAGGCAUCAGGCAUCUGCCGCCACUCUGGCCCCCACAAGCACUUCCUGCUGCACCUGACUUUUCAUGUGUGGCUGCUUAGUUCCUAUCCUUCUCUUCCCUCCCUGCUUCUCCUUUACUAACACAGCCUGCUACAUUUUUACAAAUGUGUUGGUAAGUGAGAAACAAAAAAUGAAAAAUAAAAUGAA